GGGAGCACUCUGCUAGUGCACAAGUUAUUACCAUUGCAUCGGACGAAAGUGGAAUUAUGGAAUUGCACCCUUCAAUCGCCUUCCCUUUCCUUCCGUCACUGCCUUGCUGAAUGCUGAAUACUUGAAUUUCAGUCCAUGAAAAUGAUUGCCUCCACAAAACUCAACAAGGCGCAGCGUGCCAUGCAGGCGGGCAAGCAGUACGGUGUUGCGAACUCGGAGGUCUUCCAGCACGCGUCCGCCGAGGAGCCCAGCAAGCGCAAGCUCUUCAUUGUCAUCUCCUCUGACAAGGGUCUCUGCGGUGGUAUCCACUCCUCCGUCACGAAGGCCACACGCCGGAUUAUCGCCGCACAUGGAGACGGCGUCGAGCCGGACUCGCCCAUCAUGGUCAUCGGCGACAAGUCCAAGGCGCAGCUCUCCCGUGCACUCGGGAAGAACCUCGUCAUGAGCUUCAACCAGAUCGGGCGUGACAUCCCCACCUUCGCGGACGCGGCCGGCGUCGCGGACCUGAUCAUCAAGGAGGCAGUCGAGUACGACAGCAUUGCGAUCGUCUACAACAAAUUCGUCUCUGCGAUCUCGUACGAGUCGGCCGUCAUGGAGGUCGAGACGGAGGAGACGCUGAAGAGCUCGCCCGGUUUCAAGGCCUAUGAGAUGGAGGAGGAGGUCACGAAGGACCUCGCCGAGUUCGCGCUCGCCAAUGCGAUUUACGCUGCCCUCGUCGAGGGCCACGCGUGCGAGCAGAGCGCUCGUCGCAACGCCAUGGACAACGCGUCCAAGAAUGCUUCGGACAUGAUCGGCAAGCUCCAGAUGCAGUACAACCGUGGUCGCCAGGCCUCCAUCACGAAUGAGCUUGUCGACAUUAUCACUGGUGCAAGUGCGCUCUGAGUGUGGUGGCCGGCCGUGUGCGUACGAUAGAAUAGUGGAAAUCUGCGUUCAUGUCCUGUACCUGAGGGCUGGGCAUGAACCGUCACAUUUGAUUGCUUCAACAAGUCUGGUGUGAUCAAGU